AAAAGCAGAGUAAAGCUAAGCAGCACAUAUUUUGCACUCCUUCCUCACCAUCACAGCGAGACAUCCUAAGAAACAAAAAACAACAUUCUAAUGGAGAAGGUGUUGAAUAUCAUCAAGCCAAAACCAAACCCACAGCAGCAAUUGCGAGAUUGGCAACGUAAACUUCGCCAAGAGUGCCGCAACAUCGAACGCCAAAUUCGAGAUAUACAAAGAGAAGAGAAAAGUGUGCAAAAAGCAAUUAAAGAUGCUGCCAAGAGAAAUGACAUGGGUUCUGCAAAGUCACUUGCUGUAGAAAUUGUGAGAUCUAGAAAGACAGUGAACCGUCUUCAUGAAAACAAGGCGCAACUCAAUUCAAUAUCAAUGCACCUCGGGGAGAGCGUUGCUAUUGCCCGUACUGUUGGCCAUUUAUCCAAGAGUGCUGAGGUCAUGAAGCUUGUUAAUAACCUGAUGAAGGCUCCAGAAGUGGCUGUUACAAUGCAAGAAUUUAGCAAGGAGAUGACUAAGGCUGGGGUAAUUGAAGAGAUCGUGAAUGAUAGUCUUGACACAGCACUAGACUCGGAGGACAUUGAAGACGAGAUAGAGGAGGAAGUUGAUAAGGUUUUGACUGCUAUAGCCGGUGAGACUGCUGCACAACUUCCAGAAGCUGUCAGGAAGGAGAAGUUGAAGCAACCUGCUAGUGCCCAAGCUGCACAGGAGGAAGAAGCAAUAGCUGAGGGUGUUGAUGAUGAGGAAGAGUUGGAAGAAAUACGAGCCAGACUUGCCAAAGUAAGGUCAUAAGGUAGAUUUUAAGGCUUUCAGCCUCUGCCUUUUCUCUUCUCCAAGCAUUACAUAACCGAGGCGGAUGCACUAUCUGAAUGUAGCAUCUCAACCAGAUUGAGAUUGCAACAGUGAAGCCCCAUUUACUACUGACAGAGAACACCAGAGAUGUUUUGUCUACUGUAUAUUAUAUUCAGGCAGCCUGUUAAAGAGUUCACACAGUAAGCUGCAAUUGUGCAAUAUUAAAGUGCUAAUUUAUUAUAGUUUGUCAAUCUCUUUUAAUAUC